CUUCAGUCUAGUUUUCAUUGAUUUUUCUACAAUCUAAUUUCAGAUACCUUUUAUAGUGAGAUUUCCAUCACUUGGGGGGGGGAGAUCUAUUUAAGAGUUAAAGAAUUUUAAAGUUGUCUCUAUAACAAAUUAUGUAGAAAAAAACCAUCUUGUUUUAAUUGAUUAAUUUUUGGUGGGGGUAGGGGAAUAAGCUCAGUCAUUGCUAGGAAAGAAACAUGAAUUCAACUUAAGUUGAUAUGAGCAAUGGUUGUGUAUGGAAAGGGUUAAGAUUUUGUGCUGAAAAUCAGAGUUUUUGAAAGUUCUCAGGGGAGUCCAACCGUUUUGUUUUUUCGUGGACUUUGGCUCCAAGUCUGAUUGUAACUGGAUACUAGGACUCAAGUCAGUUGCCCCUUGAGUUGUGCGAAAUAGGAGAACCAAUAAGGAAAAGAAAGGGGGGAAAAAGUGGGCUCAGUGAACGAGAAAGGGGGAUGGGUGGCAGAGGGGAAGAGGAAAAAAAGAGUGGGGGCGGGGAGGGUUUAAUGACUAGAACAAGGAGCUGAACGAAAAUAGAAGAGAAGGGUGAGCCUGACAGGAGAGAGAGAAAGAUAAAGCGAGAGUGAGAAAUAGACAGGAGGGCAGGACCAAAGAAAGAGGAUGUGGGACUGAGGAUUUGCAGAGCUGCAAAGCUGUGUGUGACGUUGCGCUGAGCAGCAUUAUCAGCAGAGGUUCCUGGCUGGGAGGAGACCUGGGAGAGUCAGAGGAGGGGGUUGCAUCCCCAGGACGGAUGGGUGGGUGUGCACACGGUUGGCUGGCCAGACUCUGCUCCUCUGUUGCCGUCCUGGGAGGUUGGAGCUGAGAAACGGCGAUUGUGGUAAGGGAGGAAUUUCCCUCCCUCUCUUGCCCUGUGUCCCCCCAGUCCUGUGCAGCAUGAACCCCUUGCCCCGCCUCCUAGCCCACCAGUAGUAGCUAUAGCAGCGAAGCAAUUGAUUUCUUUUCUCCUGCGCACAGCGUAUUGGGGAACAUCGCCUCCACCUGCGAAACGGCUCCAGUGGGAAGAGGGGCGCGCACGCCUCUUCCAGUCGGAUGAGGGCUUGGGAAGAGGACGAAGGACAUGAAACCGAGUUCAGCAGUGACCGCGAAAGAACCGGAGCCGCAGACGCCCCGAGGAGAGCAGCGGGCGGUGGAGCCCGAGGGGCGCUGGCGGGAGAAGGGCGAGGCAGACACUGAGCGACAGCGCACCCGGGAGCGGCUGGAGGCCACGCUGGCCGGUUUGGCGGAGCUGGAGUUCCUACGGCAGCGCCAGGAGCUGCUAGUCCGGAGUGUCCUCCGAAGUCCGGGGAUCGCAGCCGGGGCCGGAGCUGGAGCCGGGGGCGUGGCGCCGACUCGGGCUGGGGAGCUGCAGGCUCCGGGAGAAGCCUCCCAACGCAGUCGUCUGGAAGAGAAGUACUUAGAGGAGAACAUCUUGCUGCUGAGGCAGCAGUUGAACUGUUUGAGAAGAAGAGAUGCUGGUCUAUUAAACCAGUUGCAAGAACUUGACAAGCAGAUAAGUGAUUUAAGGUUGGAUGUAGAAAAAACAUCAGAAGAGCACCUGGAGACAGAUAGCCGUCCUAGUUCAGGGUUUUAUGAGUUGAGUGAUGGGGCCUCAGGAUCACUUUCCAAUUCCUCCAAUUCGGUCUUCUGUGAGUGUUUAUCCAGUUGCCAUUCCAGCACCUGCUUUUGCAGCCCUUUGGAAACAUCCUUGAAUAUCUCAGAUGGACACCCCAAAUCUGCAGAUGAGGAAACUGAAGGCCAGAGAAAUGAAAUGAUUUGCCAAAGAUCACACAAUCUCAUAGGAUGGUUGGACCACAAAGAAGGGCGGUGUGAAGAUGUUUGCCGUUCACUCUCUAUACCACAGUCUAAUUCCCUUGAUGUCAUUGCAGAUGUGAAUCCUAAGUAUCAGUGUGAUUUGGUAUCUAAAAAUGGGAACGAUAUAUAUCGCUAUCCAAGUCCACUUCAUGCUGUAGCUGUACAGAGUCCAAUGUUUCUUCUUUCCAUGACCAACAAUCCUCUCAAAGAUGAGGAACAACUUGGUAGCAGUGCAAAUGAUGUUUGCAUCGGCUCUGAACUAGAUUCUGUCAAAGCAGAUAAUUCUUCUCUCCCACAAAGCAAUUCCAUAUCUGUGUCCUAUCCUGCAUCCAGUAAGAAGAUAGAUGGCUACAUCUUGAGCCUAGUGCAGAAAAAAACACAUCCUGUUAGGACUAAUAAGCUGCGAACAAGCGUGAAUGCUGACCCCACAAAGGGCAUUCUUAGACACGGGAGCAUUUGUGUCAGAGCGACUGGUGGAGUUUCACACAGUAACAGUAUUAACCUUAAAAACUCUAAACAAGUCUGUUUGCAUUCUGGUGGAACAACCACUCUAGAGAAUGGCACAUUCUCCCCACUGAAGCAGUGGUUGAAAGACUCAAAGGGAGAACAGCUGGAAAACCGGAGGAUGCCUGUGUCUGUGGGCUGCCUGCCAAAUGCAGCCGCUGAUCAUCAAAGCAAGCACCUGCCAAAAAAUAUCAAGCCAGGCUCCCAGGAGUUUGCAUGGUGCCCUGUUUCUGGGGCAGGGGAAUCCCCUAAAGAAAGUGGUCAACUCUUUACUGCCUCUCCAAAAGAAAGUCCUGGCCGAGUCCCAGCUCUCCCACAGGAGAACAAAGUUGUCCAGCCACUGAAAAAGAUGUCACAGAAAACUAGCUCACAGGCAGCUCUGCCAGCAAUUCCUCCUGCUGUGCCACCUCCUCCACCCCUGCCUUCCUCCCUUCCUAUUGAAGAAAGACCUGCCUUAGAUUUCAAGAGCGAGGGCUCUUCUUCCCAGAGCUUGGAGGAUGGGCUUCUUGUCAAUGCUCAGUUUAUUCCAGGACAGCAGCAAAAUAAUAAGUUACAUAAAGCCAAUAAAAAUGUCAGAAUCUUGAAGAGCUCAACCCUGAAGCACAGAGCCCAUGGUCUUAAUGGGGUGGAAAGUGGCUUACAGACAGUGAGGGAAAAGAGCAGAGUUGUAAGCAAGAAAUGUCAUUUCCCUGAUGACUUGGAUACAAGUAAGAAAUUCAAAAAAGUCUCCUCCAGAGGGAAGAAGGGUGGAAACUCCCAGGCAGAGGCCAGUCUUUCCAGCAGGCCUUCAGGAGGCCUCUAUAGGCCCCUGAACAAGUUCCAUGGACACGGGCAUGGAAGAGAACCAGUUGUGGCCAAACCGAAACAUAAGCGAACUGACUAUCGGCGGUGGAAGUCAUCUGCUGAGAUUUCCUAUGAAGAAGCCUUGAGAAGGGCGAGGAGAAAUCGCAGGGAACCCCUGGGAGUCUAUGCCCAGGUCCCUCUUCCAUAUGUGAGCCCAUAUGCAUAUGUGGCUAGUGAUUCUGAAUAUUCUGCAGAGUGUGAAUCCUUGUUCCACUCCACAGUUGUGGACACCAGUGAAGAUGAGCAGAGUAACUAUACCACCAACUGCUUUGGGGACAGUGAGUCAAGCUUGAGUGAAGUGGAGUUUGUGGGAGAGAGCACCACUACCAGUGACUCUGAAGAAAGUGGGGGGCUGAUUUGGUCCCAGUUUGUCCAGACUCUCCCUCUCCAAACAGUCACAGCCCCAGCUGUUCAUGACAACCACACAAAGACUUUUGUAAAAAUUAAGGCCUCCCAUAAUCUCAAGAAGAAAAUCCUUCGUUUUAGGUCUGGCUCUUUAAAACUGAUGACCACAGUUUGAAGUGACUUUUUAGUAUGGAAUAUAUAUAUGUAUGUCCUAGUUACAGAAGCAAGGUGGUUCUUACUUUUUGGUUUUGUUUUGGGGUUUUUUAUGCAGCUUUUUUCAUGAUUUUUGAAUAUAAAGAACAAAAAACCUUAAGGUAAAUGAUGUCUUCCUCAUACAUGUGUGGAUGUGAGUGCCUUUCAGUAGAAAAGAAAGAAUGUCAUACUAGGAAGGAAUAAAAAUUAUACAGUGUUCAUGGUGGUAACAUGGAAUGUUUAGUAUUGGAUGGUUUUAUUUUAAAUGUUCUUAUUCAUCAUUCUAAGAGUAGAUGUUCUUCAUCUGAAUUUGAAAAUUCUUUUAACUUGACUCUUCAUCUAGAAGUGCUUUUUAAUACCAAGGAUGGAACUCAAUGAUUUUUGUUGUUCUCUUGAUUCUUUUUUUUGGGAAUUGGGGGAGAGAAGAAAAAUGUCUGAAUCUAUCUUGAAUUCUAGUGAGGAACUUAUCCCAAAGUAAAUGAUGAGUCUUAGAGAGUUGGUUGCCUGGGAGACUGAACAAUUUACUGAUUUACUAGGAUCAUAUAGGCAGGAUAUGUCAAAGAUCUGGAUUUGAACUAGUGUUCCUGACUUCCAAGUCCAGCUCUCUAUGUUCCUUAAUUCCUUAGGAUAAGGGGUCUUUAAGAGAAGUUUCCUGAGGGUCAUGCUCAAGUGUAUGAAGUAAAAAAUAAAUUAUUAUUUCAUAUCAUCCUUUCCUGCCUAUGUCAUUUGUGACAUUUAUUUCUCAGGCAAUUUCCCCUUCUUUAUUAUUCCUCCUCAUCUACCUGCUUUUCUUGACCCAAACCCUUUAGAACAGAAGCAAAUGACCCGAGAAGAGGAAGAAACUUUAAGAUAGGAAUGUAGUAAAAGGGAGAAAAUACAGGGCUACGGGAAAAGGACCACUUGAAAACUGCAAGGACUGGAGCACUGUGUGGAAAAUGCUUUUUUAGGGCCACAGACUAGGAAUUGGUACAUGGAUUCCUUCCAUUCUUAUCUUUAUAUCCAACUAUGGUGUCCAGGAAUGACUUGCCCUUGGGGUUGGAUUUUCUACUAGGAUUCAUAAUGAUAUCAUUGCCAUUGAAAUAACUAGCUUCUCCCUUGGGAGUGUGAAUCCAAAGCCAUAAUUGGGUCCUAUAUAUGCUUCCAGAAAAUUGCCUCAUUUAAGGUGUCUAGUCAUCUUGACAGUCUAGAUCCUGAACAUGUUAGUGCAAUCCUUUACAGAGUGAGCCAUAGGUCCCUCUGGGAAGGGUUUAUUUACUAUUUAGUAAACAGUAUUGUGUAAAAUUGCUUUUUAUCAAUAUGUAUGUCAUGUGUGAAAGUAGUAACUGUUUUAAAUAUUCUUAUUGAUGUCAACUUUUCUGUAUAAUAUAAGCAGUAUGUUUUUAUAUCUCAUUGUGUAAAUUAAUACAAUACAUAUGCUGUAAUAAAGUUUGUUUUUAAUUCUAUUAAAUUUGUUACAUCUUUAUAAAACCA